GCUGGCUUACAGGUGGCAACAUUUCCAACUUGGCUACAAAUGUUUUGUUUUUUUUAGCGCGUUUUUUGGAGCCGAGCCCCUCUACACCCUCGUCAUGAAGAUUCUGUGCGAGGUUCAGGUGGUAAACCGAACCACACAGGCCAACAGGACCCCAAAGGCUGUAAAGUCUACUUUGGCAAUAGGAUACAAGCAGAGCGCCAGAGACGCCAAUGGAAACACAAAAAAAGAGCUGGAAAUGGUCUUGUUUAGUGGACAAGCCAAGACGGGAUGCCGCUACAAGGUUCGUGACAACAUCAACGCCGUGCACACCAAGUUUGUGCUUGACGGCAAGGUAACAAUCGGCUUUAAGCAGCCUGCGGAGAACCUGUUGAUCAAAUGCGAUCCCAUCCAGCUGAAGGGAUUUCUGCAGACCCUCAAACUGGGCAUGGAGGGCAAGGAUGCCAUCAACUUGAGACUGAACAUUGCGGGGGCCACGGCUAUUCCUCAAAAGGCGCAACCUCAGGUGCGCAUGAUGAUCAGCAAGAGAAGCGAAUACCCCAUUAAGGGUUUUCCACGCACUCUCAAAUCUUUAACAAUCAACAACAGUCAACUGGUUAAGCUCAGCUUCGAGAUAUGCUCGCUACGUAAUCUUGUAAAGCUUGAUGUUAGUGGUAACAAGUUGACUAAGAUUCCCCCUGAACUGGGUCGCCUGCCCUUGGAAUCCCUCAACCUCGGUAGCAACUGCCUAGGAGAGGUGAACGACUGGUGUUGGAUGCGGGGCAGUAAGCUGAGUCAAUCCCUCUGUGAACUGGAUUUAUCGAGCAAUGGACUUACCCAUUUUCCUGCACCGCUGGUCAAGUUUGAGCGACUGGUCUUUCUGAAUCUGAACUAUAAUGAGCUUAUACGUCUGCCGUUUGCCAUGCGCAGGUUGAAGGCGUUACGAAAGUUGCAUUUGAGCAGCAAUAAGCUGGAAUCUCUGCCCUCAGCUAUCGAGGAUCUACAUAUUGAUCAGCUAGAUGUGUGGGGUAACAGAUUUAAAGCGUUUAAUGCCGAGGCUGCCCAGCAGCUAGCACAGCAGCCAGCAGCUACCAUGACGCCGCAACCCCUAUGGCUUCAAGCGUCCCGUGCCGUGGCCAACUUUAAGCUUCCUUUAUCGCCGGGCUCCCUGCCCGCCAUUCUUAUAGAACUGAUUAGUGAAGCGCCAAAGUGCCUGUGUGGUAAACUUUGCUAUGCUCUGCGUCCUGAAGACUUGCUGCAGCGGGUCGUCCAGCCCAAGUUCACCAACAUUAAAAAUCUAACCUACAGUCGCGAGCACCAGAUAUACGCGGAUGUGGUUAUAUGUGGUCCCACUUGUAGUGCCACACAGCAGUUAAAGUCUCUGUUUAGUCUUAUGUUUUCCUAAAUGGUGCUAGAACUGAAGUUUAUUGAUAUUCUUAAGUUAAAAAUUGUUUAAAAUUAUUUCGUAGUUUGGUUAUUAAUGAUAAGAGUGUAUUUAUGUAUGACUUUAUAUUUUUGCUGGAAAACCAAGGAUUCUUUAUGGCCAAAGGUAGAGUUUCAUUGUGUUUCAUUUGAAUAAU